AUGUCCGGUCAAGAAAAACGACAACUUGUCACCAAUUUAAAAGAAAAAUGUAAACAAUGGGGAUUAGAAUAUGCACCUUUAUUUGGAGUCGGUCAAAUCACUCCUUAUUUAUAUGUUUUUACUAGUCAUCUUCAUGAAUUUUAUGAUCAGUUUAAUAAUUCGAAAGCAUUUAGUAUUCAAGGUGUUGAAAGACUAAAUGAAUUAUUGACACGUGAUUAUUUUGAUGGAAAGAAUAGAGAAGGGGAAUAUUUUCAACAAAUGAUCAAAAAACGGCUAUACCAAAUAGUAUUACCAUUGACCAAGACACAAUUGAUCCACAUACGUCAACGUUUAGAAAGUUGUGCUAAAUUAUUUGGCAAUUAUGAACCUUCUGAUGAUGAAAACUCUGAUUUAUGUGAUGAUGAUUAUUAUUAA